AUGAAUCUUUUUCAAUAGGUUUGCUUAAAUAAUUCAUGUAAAGCUGUUAAUAGAGUUUAUUGUCUUAAAUGUGAUAAAAGAAUUGAACAUUUUGCUUGUCAAAAUAAUUUAAAAGAUGAAAAAGGAUUAAUUGGAUUUUUUGAAGAUAUUGGGAAAAAAAUAGAGCUUUACAUAGAGAAAUUAUAAGAGAGCUUACAAGAAAUUUUAGAAAAUUUUAAUGAAUUAACUUACAAGUUGAGAGAUAAAUAUCAAUAUAAUCAAUAGAGACUUUAAGAAUUAAAUGAAUCGAAAUUAAAGACAAUAAUAGACGAAAUUUUUUAAUUUUAAAGUGAUUUUGAGAAAGGCUUAGAAAAAGAGAUUCAGAAUUGUUCAAAAGAAAUGUUAAUAUAAUUAAAUAAUUGGAUUAAGAAAUUAAGUACACCAAUUGCACAAUAUACAUCUUAAUUAUUAGAGCCUUCCAUAUCAGAGUCACGAUUAAAGGAGAGGAAAUAGGAAACACCUAAUAAAUCUUUAAAAGAAAUGAAAUAACCCUAAAAGCAAACAUAAUUAUUAGACGAAUGUCCAAAACGUCAAGAAUAUGAGCGUUACAUCGAAUAUCAUCCCUCAGUUUUCCAAAAGAAGAAAAAAGCAACUCUUCGAGAUCCUGAUAUUUUAUAAGAAGUAUUUAAGCAUUUACCUGAAUACACGAAAUUCGAGUUAGAUCCAAAAAUAAAUAAAAUUCAAAAUACUUUUAAGUUCCUUAGCAUAGAAAUUAACUAACAAUCCUUUGACAGCAAUAUUACCUAAAUCUAAAGGUUAAGGAUCCCUGAUGAUUAUACAGUAACAUGCCAUGGUGACAGGUGUUGUGUAAGAACUUUGCAACCAUUAAUUUUCAGUGAGAAUAAAGAAAUAGUAACUUUUAAGGAUGAUGUAUUUAUUCUUAAGAAGAAUAUUGGAAUAAAAUAAAGAUAAAUGAAUGAAGCAAUUCAAGAAUCUAAAUCCCAUCUAAUUUCGAAAAGACUAAUGCAAAAAUUUGUUUUGUAAUUAAAUGAGAAAGGGUGCAAAAUUCCUCCUAUUAUAUUUUCAGAUCUCCUAAUUCUUAAAGAAAAUGAAAAGAUCUUUUGGAUUGCAGAGAGACUUUAAAAGGGAGAUUUUGUAAGAUAUAAUAGUGACCAAGGAUAUAUAAAUAGUGAUGAUAAUCUAUUAAGCAAUACUACAUUAGUGAUUUGGAUUAUUUAAUUUGCAAUUUGUAAGGAGUAGGUUGUGUUCUUACAGAUCCGAUAAUCCAUACAUAAAGUGGGGGUUUUUAAGAAUAUGAUUGCGGCGAUGAAGGUAUAGGUUAUUAUAUGA